UGUAAGCAGCUGUUAAGGUCACUGUUCGAGGGUGUAUAGUGUUAAAUUGUUCAGAUCACUAUUGUGUAACUGCUCCAGAGUUCCCAGCUCCACGCCCCCGUGUUUCUGGCUUGUGUUUUAGUUUUUUUUGUUUCUGGUUUUAGUUAGGUUUCAUGGUUUUGCAGAGUAUAGGUGCAUUAAUGUAACAAAGUGAUAUUGUUUGAAAUGUUGCAUGCUGAUUGUUUUGAUGCAUGAAGAGCCAAAGAAACUCUGAGAAAGAAGCAGGUAAACAUUUAAUGAGGAGUUCAUGAGGAUAUUAGCAAAUUUCCUUCCUCCAUUUGUUUUCUGUUUUCAUCAUUUCACACCCGAUGGACAAGAGACUCACUGAAACUGGUGUUGCUGUGGUGAUGUCAUUCAGAAUGGCUCCUCCUCUACCUUGGAUCUUUCUUCUCAUGAUUCAUGUGGUUUCUGCUGAUUUGAGUGUGAGUUACAGUUCUUCACACAUCUGUGCACUAAUGAACUCAUCAGUGAUAAUGAACUGCACUUAUACAUACCCUACUGGAUGUAAGAUUGAGAAAGUGUUCUGGACCAAAAACCCUGUAAAGGGUAAAGAGCCUCCAGAUCUGUGUGAGGAUCCUGAAUACAGUCAGAGGCUUCAGUAUUUGGGAGACAAACAGCAGAACUGCACCAUCAGACUGAGUCAUGUGACACAGAACGACCAACACAUGUACUGUUUCAGAUUCCUCACUAAUGAAACAAAAGGAAAAUGGACUGGUUAUCCAGGAGUGACUCUUAAUGUCACAGAUCUUCAGGUGGAGGCUCCUGAGAGAGUGACAGAGGGUCAUAAUGUCCGUCUGACAUGUAAAAGCAGCUGCACUCUGACUGACAGAGCAACAUUCAUCUGGUACAGAAACUCACAGCCAUUAACUGAGAGAAGAGACAGAAACAAUCAACUCCUGCUGCAGUCAGUCAGAAGAGAGGAUGCAGGCAGAUACAGCUGUGCUCUACAUGGACACACUUACAUCUCUCCUGCUGCUCAGCUCAAUGUCACCUACCCUCCUAAAAAUGUCUCAGUGUCUAUAAAUGGAUCGGGUGUGAUAUUGGAGGGAGAUUCAGUGACUCUGAUCUGCAGCAGUGAUUCAAACCCUCCUGCUCUGAACUUCAGCUGGUUUAAAGGAAGAAUGUUUGUAGGAUCUGGAAGAAUCUACAGCAUCUCAAACAUCAGCUCUGAUCACAGUGAAGAAUACAAGUGUAGAUCCAUCAAUGAACAUGGAGAGAAAUACUCUGAUGCUGUGACUUUAAACGUCAUGUAUCCUCCCAGGAACGUCUCUGUGUCUAUAACUGGAUCAGGUGUAAUAUUGGAGGGAGAUUCAGUGACUCUGAUCUGCAGCAGUGAUUCAAACCCUCCUGCUCUGAACUUCAGCUGGUUUAAGGAGAAUCAAAGCUCAGCUGUUGGAUCUGGACAGAGUUUCAGUGCACUACAGAAUGGACGCUUCUACUGUGAGGCUCACAAUCAACAUGGAUCUCAGAGAUCAGACGCUGUUACUGUCACAGUUCAUCCUGGAGCUGAUGGGAAUGUGAUUGUGAUCGCAGCAACAUCUGGAGGAUUAUUCAUCACCAUCAUCAUCGUCCUGCUUAUAAUGAGGAAACGAAAGAGUGAUCAAUCUGAAGAUCUAACAAUGAAACAGAAUGAUCUUUAUGCUGAUGUGCCACAGAGAGUUUCCGUUCAUGACGAGUCUCUUUCUGAACCUGAUCCAGUCAAUGAUGCUCUGUAUGCCAGUGUGAAACCCAGCAGACCCAGAGGAGAAACUCCUGAAUCCAGAGAUACUGAGGAGAUCCAGGACACAACUGUCCAAUAUCACCGAAAGAAAGAGAGGAAAAGACCGGAAGAAGAUGAAUGUCAGUAUGACAACAUAUGUUCAUCAGCUGCCAUGAGAUUUUCUAGGAAAUCAAAUGUUCAAACUGUGGAAGACGUAUCAGUGAUCUACAGCAAUGUCGGAUGAGAAGUCAGAAGUCAGAAAGAACUGUAUUGUAUGUAUGACUGCACAAACAAAACCUGCGUUCAUCUGUUUAAUGAGUGACUGUUGGAUUAUUGUAUAAUUGUGGAGACAUUUACUCAUCUGUUUAGACCACAACCACUAUAUGUUCAAAACCCACAUUUUAUUUGAUUCUUCAUAUAUGAGGAGAUAUAUAUUCUCCCUUCAUAUAUCCAAAUUUACAUACAGACAGUUGGUCUGGGAACGCCCCGUCACGUGAUGUGAAUUUAGCCUGUGGGGGAAAACAUUGCCUUGGCACCAAUUGAAAUAACUGGGACAACCAUCCUGAAGAGAUUCUGUGUCGUUUUAUGUACCGCCAAUAAACAAACAAAUUAUGAAAUGAAUUUCUACAUCCUAGAGCUGAAGAUCUUUGCCCGGACCUGAAUGAAUGAAUGAAUAAUGAUGCACCAUCAGUGAGCGCAGGACCGCGCUGAACACAUCUACUGUGGAUUCAUUAAUUUUCCUCCACAAAAACAUGCAGGCUUGGCUUAAUUGUUGUGAGUAAAGGUUUUUUAAAUGAUAACUAAAUAUUCAUUGAGCCUUAAAUGCAUAAUGUGGACCGAGUAUUUAUGCUGAUGUUGGCAUACUUUUAUUAAAUGUCAGCUGCUAGUGGCGAAGCAAAUCCGGCGGAGCCUUUCUAAAUUUCGUUAUUGUCAAAUACUAAUCUUAACUUAAAAUUUAUCUUAAUUUAAUUUGAUUAAAAAAAACUAAUUUUUAUUGGUGCGUUGGUCUAUUUACGGGCUUAAUGAACCUAUGCCUAUUUAGAGUGCUGAGAUGUUAAGAUGUCACAGACGACUUAUUUUAUUUCUUUAUUUGAACUUCCAAGUGGCCUAUAGUCUACGUUAGUUAUGAAUAAAUUGUUAAAACGCGUAUAAAUGACUCAUUCUUGACAAAAGGAAAAAAAAGAGCUGUGUGUGCGCACAUUUGAAUAAUGUCGAGCCUCAAACGGGUUCAGGCUUUUAAAAAGCUGUCAGUCAAAAUGUACUUGUCGGGCUCGGCUCCUGUCCGGCCUAACCUUUAAGGCUCGAUUACAACUCUACUACAUCCUUGCGAAUAAACAUACAAAACCAGAAAGGAGGACAAGAUGGUUAUAAACAAUAAGUUGUGAGGAUGUUCAAGGGAAGUUGUGCAAUCCCAAGACUAAGAAUGUGUGUGUGUGUGCAGUCGGCAUUACAUCACAGGUAGGCUAUGUUAACAUUGUGUUCAUUAUUAACGUUAUCAAAACUGUGUAAGGUUGUUUCAGAAAGUGUCAUAUAUAAUUAAAUUUGGUAUGUGCCUUAUACGCACUAGAAUAGGCCAAGGUUUUCUGUAUACCCACUUAAAAAUGCGUGAGGAUACGUGACAACUUUGUUUUGUGUCAGAACUUUCACACUUUCAUUAAUUCACCUUGUCUGUGUUUGCGAAGCGACAUGGAUCCAGUUACAAAUGGAACUUGCUAGAACAUCACAGAAUUUGGCAAUUUUGAAUAAAAUCAAUAAAUGAAUAAAUCUAAAUUAGGGCUGUGCAAUUAAUCAAAUUGCGAUAUGGACUAGUGUACACGAAUAUUAAAGUUAAAAGAGACUACAAAUGUUCUACAUGUCUCUGGGAAUAUUUUCUCAAUAUGUGCAUUUUUGUCAUUCGAAUACACACGAUGUUCGCUAUUUUUUCCCCCACGCUGACUCCACCCUCACCACACCAGACCACGCCCCCAACUAUGACUAGAUGCCAACUGUAUGUGUAUAGAUAUGCUCAACUAAUCCCAGCGCACCAUUCCACGCACUCUAGAAAGUAAUUGUGGCACUUUAAAUACACUCCACAUCUUAGCAUUACUCUUCUACUUGGUACUUUGUGAUCAACAAACAAGGGCUGCAUGAUAAAUCACAUGAGAUUGUCAUCCGCAUCUCGUCAGUAAAGCCGGUUCUGUGAUUAAUGGUACUGGUUAAUUUCCAUCACAUGGAGCGAUAUUUGGUUUUACAUGGAGCGAUAUUUAAUACACAGAACUGUAGAUCAGUGACAAACUGCACUAUAUCGUGUUCAUUACAUGAAUCACAUUUGAUUAUGAAUGUGAUAUCGCGUAGCUUGUUAGUGUUUUUAUUAAUGCCUUUAAUGCUAUAAAAAUCCAGCCCCACUUGUCACAUACCCCCAUCGACCCUCGCAGACCGCGGGGUACUCAUGAGACUGCUCUCCAUUCCCCCGUCUGUGGGGAACCGCUCAUUUCCACUCAUCACAAUUUAUGUUUAGUCAUCUAAAUGAAUGAAACAUGGCAAAGAUGAAUGCACCUUUGGAAGUUGAAUGUAAGGGAAAUGUCAUUUUGGAAUUUCUGUGGUUUAAUGUUAUGUUGUUGUUAAUGUUCGUGUUCACGAUUAUUUUUAUUUCUUUUGUUACUGUAAUAAAUUCAUAGCAUUAACAGGAUGACAAGUUGAAUUCAUUUAGGAAGCGAUGACUGCUGAAACAAUUUUUAGUCCAGUGCCUGUAUAGAAGUAUUGAUUACGAUAUAAUAUAACUUAGCACUGACCAAGUUCAGAGGCUGUCAUGGAUCAACUUACUAUGUUGUGUAUUUUCAGUUUCAAUAUGAAAAAUAACUUUCAUAUUGAUUCAAUGGAUUUAUUGCAUUUUGGGGAAAAAAAAAUAAAAUAACAUUUUAUCUUGCCAAUUUAUUGGCAAAGAAAACAUUUUUUACUCAAAUUAAUUAAAAUUGAUUCAUUGCAUU